CCCUCCCGUUUUCCCCCUACUCUCUCGCUCCUCCACCCCACUCCACCGCCAUGAAAUCCAAUCUAUAGGGUUUUUGAUCCAAGAACCGAUCGAAACCCUAGCCGGAUCCCCGCCACACCGUAUAAAACCCUAGCAAUGGCGCUCUCUCUCGCCACCUCUCCUCCCGCCUUCCAAGAGCUCCUCUUUCUCCGGCCGGAUUCCGGCCGGAGGCUCCAUGCUCCGCUUCUCAGGUAUCAGUUCCAGAGUCGCCUUCGCCACCUGGCGCCGUCAUGGAUAGUUCUCCGAUCGGUCUCUGAGGAGAGGGUUGCGGUUACUGAGGUCUCGGGGAAGGAGAAGGGAGAGGAUUCAGUGGGGAAGGAGUUGGAUGGGUAUAGCUGCAAUGGGAAUGGAGGUGGGUUCGGGUAUGAGGUUGUGUCUGCGAGUACGAAUGGGAGUUUGGAUGCGUAUUUGGAGGGGAAUGGAGCGAGUAAUGGGAGCUUGGUGAAGUAUGUUGGUGGGAAUGGAACCAUCGGGGAGGUGGUGGAUGAGGUUUCGGCGGAGAAGAGCAGGAAGAAGAGGGUUGAAGAGAUUGGGAAGGAGGAAGCUUGGUUUAAGAAGGCCGGACAGGAAGCCCAGGUGUCUGUUGCACCUGGUGGACGGUGGAACAGAUUCAAAACAUAUUCUACAAUCCAAAGAACUUUGGAAAUUUGGGGGUUUGUUUUCACAUUUCUUUUUAAGGCUUGGCUUGACAAUCAGAAAUUCUCUUACCGAGGAGGAAUGACAGAGGCAAAAAAAGUUAUAAGGCGGAAAGCCCUUGCUAAGUGGUUAAAGGAAAGUAUUUUAAGAUUAGGCCCCACAUUUAUUAAAAUAGGGCAGCAAUUUUCUACAAGGGUGGACAUUUUGGCACAGGAAUAUGUGGACCAAUUGUCUGAGCUUCAGGAUCAAGUUCCUCCUUUCCCCUCGGAAACUGCUGUGUCAAUAAUUGAAGAAGAACUUGGAGCAUCUUUGGACGAUAUUUUUGACCGUUUCGAUUAUGAACCUAUGGCUGCUGCAAGCCUUGGCCAGGUGCAUCGUGCAAGCUUAAAGGGGAAGCAAGUUGUGAUUAAAGUACAAAGACCUAGUCUAAAGGAACUUUUUGAUAUUGAUCUGAAGAAUCUACGGGUAAUAGCCGAAUACCUUCAGAAGGUGGAUCCAAAGUCAGAUGGAGCAAAGAGAGACUGGGUUGCUAUCUAUGAUGAGUGUGCCAGUGUGCUAUAUCAGGAGAUAGACUAUACCAAAGAAGCAGCUAAUGCAGAAAGGUUCGCCGAGAACUUUAAAGAUAUGGAAUAUGUUAAGGUGCCAAAUGUAUACUGGGAGUAUACCACACCGCAGGUACUGACAAUGGAAUAUGUUCCAGGAAUUAAAAUAAACAGGAUAAAACAAUUAGAUCAGUUGGGUGUUGAUCGACAAAGGUUGGGCCGAUAUGCUGUUGAGUCUUAUCUGGAACAGAUUUUAUCUCAUGGAUUUUUCCAUGCUGACCCGCAUCCUGGAAAUAUUGCUGUGGAUGAUGUCAAUGGCGGAAGGCUCAUCUUCUAUGACUUUGGAAUGAUGGGAAGUAUAAGUCCCAAUAUCAGGGAAGGAUUGCUUGAAACAUUCUAUGGAGUUUAUGAGAAAGACCCAGACAAGGUGCUGCAAGCAAUGAUUCAAAUGGGUGUCCUUGUUCCUACUGGAGAUAUGACUGCUGUCAGAAGAACAGCACAGUUCUUUCUUAAUAGCUUUGAAGAGCGUCUUGCAGCACAAAGGAAAGAGAGAGAGAUGGCAACCACCGAACUUGGAUUCAAGAAACCAUUAAGCAGAGAGGAAAGAUUAGAAAAGAAGAAGCAACGGCUAGCUGCUAUAGGAGAAGAUCUUUUGGCAAUUGCUGCCGAUCAACCUUUCCGCUUUCCAGCCACUUUCACCUUUGUUGUUAGAGCAUUUUCAGUAUUGGAUGGGAUAGGGAAGGGACUUGACCCAAGAUUUGAUAUUACAGAGAUUGCCAAACCCUAUGCUUUGGAAUUGUUAAGAUUCCAAGAAGCUGGUUUUGAAGUUGUUGUCAAGGACUUCAAGAAAAGAUUGGAACGACAGUCUCGUGCAUUCUAUAACAUAUUUAGACAAGCUGACAGAGUUGAAAAACUUGCAGAAAUAAUUCAACGUCUGGAGAAAGGUGAUCUCAAGCUCCGGGUGCGAACUUUGGAAUCUGAACGAGCAUUCCAACGUGUUGCAGCUGUCCAAAAAACAAUUGGAAAUGCAAUUGUUGCAGGAAGUUUAAUAAACCUUGCUACAAUUUUAUACCUUAAUUCAAUUCGAGUGCCUGCUAUGACUGCAUACAUUCUAUGUGCUUUUUUUGGAAUGCAAGUUCUCUUUGGUAUUCUCAAGGUCAAAAGGCUGGAUCAGCAGGAGAGAUUGAUAACAGGCACUGCUUGACAUAGAGUGGUUAACUGAUGCUAUAGUUCUCUUCAGCCACUAUGUGCUAGGAGAUGUAUUAAAAAAUUUCCAACCUAGCAACAUCGCCAUGUCUCUUUGUCAUUGUUGUCGAUUGGAUGCUCUCAAGAAGGUGGUCAUUGGACCAUGGAUGAAUGGUUUGACACAUGGGAGACUGGAUGAACGGUUUGACAUAUGGGAGACCUCUAUUUUUUCAGGACUAUUUAAAUUACUUGGAGAAGCUUUGGUUUGUCUAAGAGAAGUAACCUGAAAAUAAAUUAUUCUUGAAGCUGAAGCAAGAUCAGAUGGAGCAGGUUACAAUUCAUGCAUUCUCAAGUGUUGCAUGAGGAAUAUCUGUUAAUGAGUUACACGGAUGUAUACCAGAAGAUCCUAAAUCUUACGAAAUUUUCUUUUAAAGUUGAACUUGCCUGUAAAAUUUCUUUAAUUUCCAGUUUACAUGAAAUCCAAAGGGUGUAUCUUUGGGUGGGUUGUGGCUCAACUUUAUUAAGAGUAAAUGGAGCUGAUGGAGGGUGACUGAGUGGAGCUGAAAAAUUAUUCUUGAAGCUGAAGCAAGAUAUGAUGGAAAAGAUUACAAUUGAUAGUGUUUUUAAAUAAGCAUUGUACCAGGGAAUUCCUUUUAAUGUGAGUUACACCAUUGUAAGCCAAAAGGUGCCACAUUUGAUGAAACUUCGUCUUUAAAAGUUGGUCUUCUAUGCCGAAUCUCAAAAAUUUCCAGAUGA